AUGCGGAUUUGCUCUGCCGCCUCAGACCACCAGUUCCAGGGGGCCCUUAAGUGGAGGCUCAAAAAUCCCUGGUCGCGGGCUUCGGCCCAGUGGACUAGUCAGAUCACUAUGGUGAAUGUCUGUAAACCCUUUGUAAACCAUAUGAUGAUGACGGCCCGAGGUAACUACUCACAAGAGCUGAUAUUUCAUCUUGCUCAUCGUCUCGUUGACAUACCACUUCUUAGACUUAUCGAAAAACAAAGAUGGAACUUGAUGCUGAUCGAUUCUAUCAACAAAAGAACCACCUUUGCAAUGAAAUUUGAUGGACGUCGAUCGGUUGAUCGGUUAAGAAAAGUUCAAAAACAUAGACAGGAACAAUUAUGGAUCGUGGAGAACAACUAUUUGUUUGUAUUCUAA